UGAUGUUGUUCUACCAACCUCGGCGGUUCUCUGGCCAAUAUUUCCACAUAUAGUUGAAUCAUCGAAUCGCAUCCUAAACGUUGUUGAAGGCCCGCGAAUUGCCCAAUCGCUAUCACUGACAAAUUACUAGUCUGGAGAGGGAAAAUACAUGAUAGACAAAUAUAUAGCGGGUCUUAAUAAGACAUGAUUCAACUGAAUCAAAAUCACUUGACACUCCACGUGCUUUCAAUCGAUUGCUACAGCAAGUGUCUCAUUUUUUGAUUCUCCUUGAUCCAUCGAUUCUACAAUUCUCUCAACUAUCGUACCACCCCCACAAUCCUCAGUAUUUUGUCCAGCCUAGUCAAGUGUCAAGUGUCAACCAUCGUUAAUUUUUUUCUUUCCACUGUGGCCCCAUCAGCAAUUUUUUCGAUCGAUACAUUAUAAAGGAAACCCAUAAAUCAACCAGUCAAGCGCGAUUCCCGCGCCCGCAGAUUCCCAGAACGCAGGACCACUCUGGAAUAAUCGCUAUCGAGGAUAUUUUUCGUAAUAAAAAGGUGAACAGUGAAUGGAAAAGGAAAAAGUACAUCAGUUUGUGAUUCAGUAAUGAGUAUAAAGUGAUAACAGUGAUUUUUAUUCAAGUGCCAAUAUUAAUAGGUGAUAAUUGCAGCGAGGGAAUUGAUCGAUGCAUGAUAUCGUCGUGGUAUUUAAUCACGACAAUUUAAUUGCACUGCGGUAAUUCUGGGAGCACAUGGAUCAGUGAUAUCCGGUGAACUUGCGAGGAAACUUGGUAAUUUAUACUAUCAUCUUGGUAUUCGCGUAAGUGUUCGAGUGGAGUUGUGUCUAAAUAUAAUGAAUAGACUAAAUGUCCAGUCAAUGAACUUUGAAUAGAACUGCAAGCAAAGAUUCCACGAGGAAUUCCAUGAUUUAUAGAGAAAAUCCAGUUUAUUGGACCUUCGGCCUCAUACUUUACACCAGUACAAUAUCGACAAUAAUAAAAUGCUCGUUAUCGGAGGGCAAUUAGAGUAGCUGUUGAAGAAAUCAUCGACAUAUUUUUUUGUGCUAAUAUUUUGAUACCCCCCAUCGAGGGAAGGGGAAAACUGUGCCUAUACGACAGAAAUAUCAAGAUUACCGAGUAAACUCAUCAUUCGGCGUAAUCGAGGAAAAAAAAUUCGCGUCAAUAAAGUUUUUUGAGAUAAAGCGAAGUUGGUGAAAAAAAAGAAGGACCUUGGGCAAGCAGAGUUUCAACUACACCGAUAAGAAAAAAAGGUACGGGCUUGCAGCGAUAUAAAUUACGUGAAAAUUUUCAUCCCUCCGGAAAACUAUAGUGUAUGCUCGUUUUUAGCGUAUCUCCUGGAUUAUCGAAUUUCCUUUGUAUUUCAUGGUUAAUUAAUGCUCGAUGGCCCUUAGGAGUUCACUUGGAGGCAAUUUCAAAGGAGCGAUACUCUCUGCUUCCUCUUCAUCGAACUUCCACUGACUACGCCCAUUCCUCGUUAAUUAAUACUCGAGCAGCACGUGAACCGCUAAUGAUAUAUCGAUAGCACACAUUUGAAUAAAAUCGAGGAUUCAUUUAAUUGCAGAAUUAUAGUGAAACAAAGGUGAAGUGUUUUAGUGGAAGAUAUUACUGUAGAUAUAAUUCGAGAGAGGAAAAUUCUUGAAUCAUCUUUGGAUGCAGCAGACUGUGGAAAUGGGUAGGACUUCCCCAGAUUACGCCAAAGCCGUGGAAUGCGGUGUACCACCGACGCAGGUAGUGGAGACAAAAAUCUAUCGUCGGCGAUGGCUAGUUCUCGCUAUCUUCGUUCUCUACAGUGCAAGCAAUGCAAUGCAAUGGAUUCAAUUCAGCAUUAUUGGAAAUAUUAUACAAGAUUAUUACAAUGUGUCGUCUUUCGCGGUGGAUAUGACGAGCAUGAUCUACAUGAUAACGUACAUUCCUUUUAUUUUUCCCGCCAGUUAUCUACUCGAUAAAUUUGGACUUAGAAAUGCGGCCCUGAUAGGUGCAACUGGGAAUGCAUUAGGCUCAUGGAUUAAAGUAUUCAGUGUAUCGCCUGAUCUGUUCUGGGUGACUUUUCUAGGACAUACUAUUGUGGCGUUGAGUCAAACAUUUAUACUUUCCGUACCAUCGAGAUUAGCAGCUGUUUGGUUUGGGCCUGAUCAGGUCAGCAGUGCCUGCAGCAUCGGUGUUUUUGGUAAUCAGCUAGGUAUUGCCAUUGGAUUUUUAUUUCCACCUAUGCUCGUACCAAAAACCGCGGUGGGAAAUGGGCUUUUAACAAUGUUCUACAUCGUGGCAGGCGCGAGUUCCGUGAUCCUCGUGCUCAUAAUUUUAUUUUUCAAAGCGGAACCACCGCUACCACCGAGUCCAGCCCAAGCGGUCCAGAGAGAAGCCGACAAAUCUGAAAACUUUUUCCAGUCGAUCAAGAGACUCGCCCUGAACUCAGGUUAUCUACUAUUACUCCUCAGUUAUGGAGUUAACGUUGGAAUAUUCUAUGGCAUCAGCACUCUCCUCAAUGAUCUCAUCCUGAAUCACUUUGAGAACGCUGAGGUGGAUGCUGGUCGAAUCGGCCUGUCGAUUGUGUGCGCAGGCAUGGCAGGAUCAGUUUUUUGCGGCGUUAUCCUCGACAAAACUCACAAAUUCAAGGAAACAACUCUGGGCAUUUACGUAUGCUCCCUCCUGGGAUUGAUUGUAUUCACCUUUACCCUGGACUGUGGAUCAAUCAUCGUAGUAUAUCUGACAGCUGCACUCCUCGGAUUUUUCAUGACGGGAUACUUGCCCGUGGGGUUCGAGUUCGCUGCCGAAUUGACCUACCCUGAGCCGGAAGGGACGUCCGCUGGCCUUUUGAAUGCUGUCACCCAGAUAUGUGGAAUAAUCCUGACCAUUCUCUAUCGAACAUUGAUCAACACUUGGGGCGACUUCUGGGCAAACAUUGCACUGUGCUGCAUGCUCGCUUUCGGUGCAUUUAUCACUCUUGUCAUACCGAAUGAUCUGAGACGACAGAAUGCCAAAUGUUAAUUUCUAUAACUAGUUUGAUCCUGGUUUGCAACUGGUUUGCAACUGUCGAGCCUAGAGCAUCGACCUAUUCGAUUCAGUUUCACAUUUAGUACAAUGUUGUCAAAGUCAAUACUGUCUAGGGAUUAUAGAGAUAGAAUUUCCAAAGGCUUUGUAUCGUCCGAUUAUUUUCUCGCCAAAUGCAUUCCUCACGCUAUUGAUGAGAAAAACAUAUAAUGAUGAUAGAUACAGGUGUUUGCUGAGAUAAUUAUUUAGCUUGUAAGGAUCGGUGAACAUUUAUAAUCAGACAAUAACUCGAGAAAAUGGAUAAUAAUGAGUGGGGGCCAUUGAAUGAGAGGAUAUGAUCAUGCGAGGGGAUCCCGUUGUUAUUUAUUGCGCAUUCAUAUCGAUAUUUUUUAUAUAGAAUCUUUCAAUCCCAUAGUGCGUUGAUAAUAAUUAAUUAAUGCAAGAAGUAACAGAGUUACAAAUCAAUUAGUGACAAUAAUGACGAAUACCUACGUAUGUUGUAAGAAUAUUUAUCGUGAUAUACACCUGUUAUUGAUAUUUCUUUAUUUCGAUUAAGAUAAAAGGCUGAAGUCCAUUGUAUUCAGUUGUACAUGAUUUCUUAGUCUUUUCUUUAUAUUAUAUUUAGGAAAUCACUUGUUUUUUAAAAGUUUAAAUCUGAGAAAUUUUAAUAAUUUUUAUAUCCAUUCAUUCUGCAUUCAAUGCAUUUUUAUAGAUGAGAUCAGAUAAUUGUCGUUGGGUAAUGGUUUAUUUACUGUAUAUUGGUACAUGAAUUAAAUUUAGAUGAGUAUGUUGGAGGCUUCAGGGAGAAAGAAUAUAUUUAUCGAUGUUUAUGUAGUUUAAGAGAAUACUUAUAUCACAGGAAUGUAGGCGAUUGUUGUUUUCGGUAAUAAAUGAGAAGGAAAUAAU